GUCUAUGGAAAUGCAGGAUCUAACCAGCCCGCAUAACCGACUGAGUGGUAGUAGCGAAUCCCCCAGUGGUCCCAAACUCGAUAGCUCUCAUAUAAAUAGCACUUCCAUGACUCCCAAUGGCACGGAAGUUAAAACAGAGCCAAUGAGCAGCAGUGAAGUAGCUUCAACAGCAGCAGACGGGUCUUUAGACAGUUUCUCAGGUUCAGCUCUCGGGAGCAGCAGCUUUAGCCCAAGACCAGCUCACCCAUUCUCUCCACCACAGAUCUAUCCUUCCAACAGACCAUACCCACAUAUUCUCCCUACCCCUUCCUCACAAACUAUGGCUGCAUAUGGGCAAACACAGUUCACCACAGGAAUGCAACAAGCCACAGCCUACGCCACGUACCCACAGCCGGGACAGCCCUAUGGAAUUUCCUCUUAUGGUGCAUUGUGGGCAGGCAUCAAGACGGAAGGUGGAUUGUCACAGUCUCAGUCACCUGGACAGACGGGAUUUCUCAGCUAUGGCACAAGCUUUGGUACCCCUCAACCUGGACAGGCGCCAUACAGCUACCAGAUGCAAGGUAGCAGUUUUACCACGUCAUCAGGAUUAUAUGCAGGAAAUAAUUCGCUCACCAAUUCCUCUGGAUUUAACAGUUCACAGCAGGACUAUCCGUCUUAUCCUGGCUUUGGCCAGGGUCAGUAUGCCCAGUAUUAUAACAGCUCCCCGUAUCCAGCGCACUACAUGACAAGCAGUAAUGCCAGCCCAACGACACCGUCGACCAACGCCACUUACCAACUCCAAGAACCACCUUCUGGCAUCACGAGUCAGGCAGUCACGGACCCCACGGCAGAGUACAGUACAAUCCACAGCCCUUCAACACCCAUUAAAGAUUCGGAUUCUGAUCGGCUGCGUCGAGGGUCAGAUGGGAAGUCACGUGGUCGAGGCAGGAGAAACAAUAACCCCUCACCUCCCCCGGAUUCUGAUCUUGAGAGAGUGUUCAUCUGGGACUUGGAUGAGACGAUCAUUGUUUUCCAUUCCUUGCUCACGGGCUCCUACGCCAACCGAUAUGGGAGGGACCCACCUACUUCCGUGUCCCUUGGACUGCGAAUGGAAGAGAUGAUCUUCAACUUGGCAGACACGCAUCUAUUUUUCAACGACCUAGAAGAAUGUGACCAAGUUCAUAUAGAUGAUGUGUCAUCGGAUGACAACGGCCAGGACCUGAGCACAUACAACUUCGGGACAGAUGGCUUCCCUGCUGCAGCCACCAGCGCUAAUCUAUGCCUAGCAACUGGUGUCCGAGGUGGCGUGGACUGGAUGCGAAAGCUGGCCUUCCGCUAUAGACGAGUAAAAGAGAUCUACAACACCUACAAAAACAACGUGGGAGGUCUGCUCGGCCCAGCUAAGAGGGAAGCGUGGCUCCAGCUGAGGGCUGAGAUUGAAGCACUCACAGAUUCCUGGCUGACCCUGGCCCUGAAGGCCCUCUCGCUCAUCCACUCCCGGACGAACUGUGUAAACAUCCUAGUGACAACCACCCAGCUCAUCCCGGCGCUGGCAAAAGUCCUGCUCUAUGGAUUAGGAAUUGUGUUUCCCAUAGAAAACAUCUACAGCGCUACUAAAAUAGGAAAGGAGAGCUGUUUUGAGAGGAUAAUCCAAAGGUUUGGAAGGAAAGUGGUGUAUGUCGUCAUAGGAGACGGCGUGGAAGAAGAGCAAGGGGCGAAAAAGCAUGCCAUGCCCUUCUGGAGAGUCUCCAGUCACUCGGACCUCAUGGCCCUGCAUCAUGCCUUGGAAUUAGAGUACCUGUAACAACCUCGUGCCAACUCGACACUGCGC